CAAAACUAAAAGAAAAAGAAGAAGAUCGAUUCUGUGGAUUGUUUUGGUUCAUACACGCCUGUGUGAGGAGGUGGUUUACAUUAAAAAAAAACUACUUUCGCAGUGAAUUCAGAAGUAUAUGAUUGAAUGUUUUCUCUCGGUGUUGGUACAUUCCUGUGGAAACAUCACAGUGACGCGAAAUGAAACUUAAGGAGUUGGAAAGCUGCUUGCAGCAGGUGGACACGUUUGAAGAGCCUAAAAUCCUCCUGGAGCAGUAUCCAACCAGCCCUCACAUUGCAGCAUGCAUGCUGUACACGAUCCACAGCUCGUUUGACGACAUUGAGGGUAAACUGGUGGCAGAUCUGGGCUGUGGCUGUGGAGUCCUCAGCAUCGGGGCUGCCAUGCUGGACGCAGGCUUAUGCGUUGGUUUUGACAUUGAUGAAGACGCGCUGGAGAUAUUCAGAAGGAAUGCAGAAGAAUUUGAGCUCUCCAACGUGGAUCUGCUCCAGUGUGAUUUAUGCCACCUCGAAGUUGAGACUUAUGCCCAAAGGUUUGACACUGUUAUAAUGAAUCCACCGUUUGGUACAAAACACAACCAAGGGAUGGACAUGAAGUUCCUCCGCGCUGCUUUAACUAUGUCAAAGACAGCGGUGUACUCACUUCAUAAAACAUCAACACGAGAGCACAUACAAAAGAAGGCUAAUGACUGGGGAGUGAAGAUGGAAGUCAUUGCAGAACUGAGAUACGAUUUGCCAGCUUCCUACAAGUUCCACAAGAAGAAGUCGGUCGACAUCCAGGUGGACUUCCUUCGAUUCUCCAAAGCCUGAUUUUUUAUUUUUAUUUUUUUUACUGGAAUGGGUUUCAAGUUGCCUCUGCAUUUCUCACCAUUUGUAAUAAACGUGUUCGCUAAAGAAAAACUCUGGACGUCGUCUCCUCAUUACGAUCCGUUUUCAGUUUUGGAAACUUUUGCUGGAGGACCCUCAGCAUCUUCAAGCUCUCUUUUUGAGGCUGGAGGUGCUGUAAGAAAAAGCAGCAAACAGAUAAUCAUCUGAACAUGUUUAAGAGAUUCAGGAAGCUGCCGCAGAGAAUAUGGAGUGCCAUGGAAAGCAUUUAUAUUUGUGACUUUUACUUUGUAUUUUUCUGUUUAUUGGGAUUUUAUGUGACAGACCAACACUUUGUAGCACAACGGUUAAUUGGAAAGAAAAAUCUACAUACUCGAACGCUUUUUUUUUUUUUUGCAGAAAGAUCUUAAGUGUGGUGGUCAUUUGUAUUCAGCCCCAUUUACUUUGAUACCUCCAAAUAAAAUGCAUUGCCUUCAGUAGUCUCA